UUGACAGGCUCAGAGUCAAGCUGCAGCAGACUGGUCAGGGAAUCCUACAUUUAAUCAUUGAAAUGGUGCUUUGGAACCAAAUUGUGCUGGUGGCUGUAUUGUUCAUCUUCUCUUGCCCAAAAGGAUUCGAAACACAACCUUCACAGCACCUGUGUGGCUCACAGCUUGUGGACGCUGUACAUUUUGUGUGUGGAAGUAAGGGUUUCUACUAUGAACCUAAAACAAAAAAAAGCAUUGUGCAGCUUCUAGGAUUACUUGGUGAAGAGUCUGUUCAAGACAAUGAAGCACAGCAGAAACCUCUAUUCAAUAAAAUGCUAGGUCGGAUGAUGAAGAGAGGCAUAGUGGAGCACUGCUGUCACAAUACCUGCUCCCUUUACGAACUCGAAGCCUACUGCAACUCAUAAGAAAUGUAAAUGCCAUCAGUCUCAGAGAGUGAGGAGUGUAGCCAUUGUGUAAGAGGCAGAUUGACUGCCAAAUUAUUUAUUUAAAAAGAAACUAAAUUAUCUCUAAUCAUAUUAAUUUCUAAAAGCUUGUGGCAAAUAGCAAAAAAAGUAAAGUCUUACAUUUUGUUGAAAAAAUCCAGUCUUUAUUUAAAUGUGUUCUGUCGAUUGCCUUUGAUCUUUUAUUAAAAUAAAUGCAGCUGUCUCCUGAAUCAAAUCAAAACACACUCUGUUUAUAUGGAUGACUGAGCACAUUGUACACACUUUCACAGAUUGAAACAGUCUAUACCUUAUCGCUUACAUUUUAACAUAAAAAUAAAGAGCAGCUUCUGAUGCCUGCAAUAUUCUGUCUUAAUUCCUUUUUCUAACUUCUUAACUUGAUUUCAGCUUCACCCAAUCAAACCACACACAAAGCAAUAUAUAGUGACGUUAUUGGUGGUAAAGGCACAAUGCAUGUAGACUGAGGUGAAAAGAAUUGGAGCUUGGCGUAAGGUAGACUCAAAA